GUGAGAGCGCGAUCCAGCGAGAAUCGCGAUCCAUCUUCGCAGUCUUGUUUUUGUCCUCGAAAACCUCGGUCCGCGAGAAGUGCUAAGAGUGUUUGAGGUGGCAGUUUACACGCUAAUUAUUGGCCUCUGAUUCCCGUAAAACAUCCUUCCGUUGCCCGCCCGAGGAGAAUGCCCCGCCCGUACGAGGAUGAAGAUGAAGCCCGGCGCCCAAUCCUGCAGGCGGAUACGGACACUGACGAACCCACGGCGCGAGCCACCCGCUUAGGCCGGCCAAGCGAUGACGACGAGCUGACCGAACGUCUGACUGGAUGCGGGGCCAGCGCGUGCUGCAACCCUAACUCGCCACUACACCGCUUCCAGGCCCUUAUCUUGAUGUGCUUGGUCGGCUUCGGAUCAUACUUCUGCUACGAUAAUCCGGGCGCCCUGCAGGACACGUUCAAAUCGGAUCUCGAUCUGACGACCACCGAGUUCGUGAUGCUGUACUCCAUCUACUCGUGGCCCAAUGUGAUCCUCUGCUUCAUCGGUGGCUUUCUGAUGGACCGAGUGUUUGGCAUCCGGCUGGGCACGAUCAUCUACAUGUUCAUCUUGCUGAUCGGCCAGCUGAUCUUUGCCAUGGGCGCCACUAUCAACCUGUUUUGGCUGAUGAUCGUCGGACGCUUUAUGUUUGGAAUCGGAGCGGAAUCGCUUGCCGUGGCACAGAACAGCUACGCGGUGCUAUGGUUCAAGGGCAAGGAACUGAACAUGGUGUUCGGAUUGCAACUGUCCUUUGCCCGGGUCGGCUCGACGGUAAACUUUUUGGUGAUGGUCCCUAUCUACAAGUACGUGAAGAGCCUGGGCUACCAGGGGCACAUGUGCACCGGAGUGGUCCUUUUGCUGGCCACACUAACCUGCGUCAUGUCGAUGCUGUGUGCGCUGAUUCUGGGGUGGAUGGAUCGUCGCGCGGCGCGUAUUCUGAAGCGCAACGAUAUGCCCCCCGGUGGUGAGGUCGCGAAGCUGUCGGAUGUCCGCACGUUCAAGGUGUCGUUCUGGAUGGUGACGGUGAUCUGUGUGGCAUACUACGUGGCCAUCUUUCCGUUCAUCGCCCUCGGCAAGGUGUUCUUCAUGCGCAAGUUCGACUUCAGUGCCGAGGACGCCAACACGGUCAACUCGAUCGUCUACAUUAUUGCGGCCGUCGCUAGCCCACUGUUCGGGCUGGUGGUCGACCGAUUCGGACGGAACGUGCUGUGGGUGUUCUUGUCGGUGGUGGUCACGAUCACGGCCCACGGUAUGCUCGCCUUUUCCUACCUGAACCCGUACGUCGGUAUGAUUACGAUGGGCUUGGCUUACUCGAUGCUCGCCUCCAGCUUGUGGCCGCUCGUGGCACUUAUCGUGCCGGAAUAUCAACUCGGCACCGCUUACGGCAUAUGCCAAUCGGUGCAGAACCUUGGACUGGCCGUGAUUUCGAUGAUCUCGGGCAUCAUCGUAGACAAGGGUGGAUAUUUUAUGCUGGAAAUCUUCUUCAUGGGUUGGCUAAUCGUUUCCCUGCUGGCCACGAUCGUUAUCUGGAUGUACGAUGCGAGCAAUGAUGGCGUUUUGAACAUGAGUGCAGCCGACCGCGCUAAACACGCUAAAAACUGCCUGCAACAGAGCUCGUCGGAUAAUGCGGGACCGUCGGAUGAAGAUGGCCGGCUCGGACGGGACCUUCUAACAGCGGACCCAGAAACGAUCCGCAAUCGCUACUUGAACCGCGUGCUGGAUACCCCAACCCAAAGCGACACGGAGCCACUCGUGGAGUAGGCGAAACACGUGGCCAUUGUUGCACGCUGGGAAUGAGCAUUCCGAUUGGAGGCUGUGUAUUGUGUGUUGUGUAAUGUCGAGUAUUUCCGUAGCCACGUUCUUAUUGUUUUAGAUGUACAUUACCGUUUGCUAUUUUAAUGAUGGGAUGGAAUGAUGGGAGAGGUGAACCACCGGGUAGUUACCUGGGCUGAGGCUGAGGGUCAAGAGUAUUAAAACCAAUGUUGAAACUCA